AUGUUGCAGUACGAGGCGUUUUGCUCCAAUCUAACUUGCUGGAUACAAAAUAAAAAGAAAGAAUUCAAAGUCGAAGUUCUUAGCAAAGCUAAAAUUUUUGCGUAUUACUUUUAUGACAAAGUGUUUGCUGCCCUGCUGUGGUUCAGUAUAUCAAAAGGUGGAUGGCAUAAACUAACUGGAUCACAUCAUCAAGUCUGUUUAUAUGGCAGCAGUUCGUCAACGUGUUCGUUUGCGUCAGCUCUCGGAUUUUUCUCCUUAGUUGCAGCUGGAGCUUUGCUAUUGUCCGAUGCUCGACUGGAACGAAUAUCAUCCGUACCAACAAGAAAGCGUGUUGUCACUGGAGAUUUAGCAGUAUCUGGUUCGUCUAAUAAGUUUUGA